GCAGGCUAACUUAGCAUCCAAGUUUGUUUUAAUACAAAAGAGUAUUUGCUGAAAAGUUAUGGAGUAAUUAGGUAGUUAUAUAUAUUGAAGUCAUAAAAAUGUGAUCGCUUUGUGUUUUUUACCAUUCUUCUUCCUUAGGGGUGCACUGUGUUUUCUCUUAGUGCAAUUAUUUUCAAUCCUAGUCCCCAUCUGAGAUCUGCGUCGUCUGAUCUAUACAAUUUUCCCAAUUUCCUUGUAACUCCACACUUCCUACUUCCCUUCUCACAAUUCAUCAUUUUCUUGUAAUUCAAUUUUACCAAAAUGUCAUCAACAUCUUUGUACCAAAGACCUCUUCACAAUCCUCUCACUGACCCAAACCCAUUAUCCCCACCAUCUUCUCUAACUUCCCCAAAACCCACUUCAUUCCUUCAAAGUCGCACUACCCUUUUCCUCCUCCUUUCUCUUUUGGUUAUUCUCGGUGUUUUUUACCCAUAUAUUCAGUUUCCUCAGAAUGGGUUACUUUCCUACACCUCAAAAACCUACAGCCCUUUUGAAUCCAAGUGGCGUGACUAUUCCUUGUCUAAAGCCGCUGCCUUUGUGGCUAAAAAUAAUACACUUAUAGUCUGUAUUGUUAGUGAAGCUUAUUUGCCGUUCUUGAAUAACUGGUUGAUUAGUAUCGUGAGACAAAAACAUCAUGAGAAAGUGCUUGUUAUUGCUGAGGAUUAUCCUACUUUGUUUAAGGUUAAUGAAAGGUGGCCUGGUCAUGCUGUGAUUAUUCCUCCUGUUUUGGAGUCCCAAGCUGCUCAUAAGUUUGGAUCUCAGGGAUUCUUCAAUUUUACGUCCAGAAGGCCUCGACAUCUUUUGCAAAUUUUGGAGCUUGGUUAUAACGUCAUGUACAACGAUGUUGAUAUGGUUUGGUUAGCGGAUCCAUUUCCAUAUUUGGAAGGAAAGCAUGAUAUUUACUUCAUGGAUGACAUGGCUGUGGUAAAACCUCUGAAUCACUCUCAUGGUUUGCCACCUCCAGGGAAGAAGGGUCGGCCUUACAUCUGCAGCUGCAUGAUCUAUGCUCGACCCACCAAUGGGGCAAAACUAAUUAUGAAAAAGUGGAUCGAGGAAAUGCAGAUCCAGCCAUGGACCAGAGCAAAGAAAUCCAAUGACCAGCCUGCUUUCAACUGGGCAUUGAACAAAACUGUUGCACAGGUUGACAUGUAUUUGCUUCCGCAGUCUGCAUUCCCAACGGGUGGUCUAUACUUUAGAAACAAGACUUGGGUGAAGGAAACCAAGGGAAUGCAUGUUCUUCUUCAUAAUAACUAUAUCGUUGGUUUUGAAAAGAAGACAAAACGUUUUCGUGAUUAUGGUCUCUGGUUGGUGGACGAGUAUAGCUCUGAAUCCCCGCUUGGCAGAUUAGACUAGAUAGGAAGAGAGCAAAAAGAACUCAUGAUGUCCUUAUGGCAACCAAACGAAGCAGUGAUUCAAAUAGCAGCAGGUCAAUGUUCUCGCUUCCUCUAAAGACGUCGGAAGUUUUAGCAGCUGGUGCACAUGCCCUAGCUAUGUCUCAAUCAUUGAGUUGAGUUGAUAUUCUGGGUUGGUUAGCGAACGAUGGGGUGUUCCUUCCUAAGUGCAUAGAUUUUUUGUAAUUCCACCCUAGAUUUAUCGAGAACACUGCUAUUGCUUAUCUAAUGUUUUGCUUUGUUCUCUAUGUAAAAUGAGUCUGCAUUAGGGACUCCAAAAAUUGCUCUACUCUUCCUUUUUUUAUACUCCAAUAUUGCUGUAUCUAUUCAGUGUACAAGCAAGACUCAGUAACUUUGUGAAAUACUGAAUGAAAUGUUUGGUAAUAUUGCUCCA